AUGUCCGAGAAAUCCCAGCCGAACGGCCACCACAAGCACGACGACGGCUCCGCCUCGCGCGCCUUCACCGUCGAGCAAAAAGCCGCCGUGAUUCGCGUGCGCAAAUGCAAGACGACCGACUUCUACGACAUUCUGGGACUCGAGGAGAAGCGGUCGACGUGCAGCGACUCGGAGAUCAAGAAGGCGUACCGGAAACUGAGUCUUUUGACGCAUCCCGAUAAGAAUGGAUAUCCUGGUGCGGACGAGGCGUUUAAGAUGGUAUCAAGAGCCUUUCAGAUCCUCAGCGACACCGACAAGAAAUCCAAAUACGACAAAUUCGGCGGCGACCCGGAUAGUCGCUUUUCCUCCGCCUCGGCGACCUCCGGCGCCUCGCCCUUUUCAGGAUUCGCAUCGCAACGGAGAGGGCCGCAAGGACCCAUGUUCGAGGAGGAGAUAAGUCCGGAAGAGCUAUUCCGACAAUUCUUCGGCGGAGGCGGAGGACCGUUCGGCGGGAUGGGAGGAGGACCUUUCGGUGGGGGAUUUGGUGGACCGGGAUUUGUUUUCAACAUGGGCGGAGGACCUGGGAUCAGAGUACAACAAUUCGGGGGCGACCGACCGCGGAGGAGACCGCAUAAUCACGAGAACCAACAGCCCGCCUCGAUGUUCCAAGCGAUACAGGGACUUUUACCGCUCCUCCUCCUCUUCGUCUUACCUUUACUCUCCUCCCUCUUCGGCGGCUCCACACCCACCGGCCCGUCAAUACGCUUCGACGCCCCGAAACCCCCGCACACACAAAUGCACACGAGCAGCGGGAUGCGCGUGCCGUAUUGGGUGAACCCGACGGAAGUCAAAGACUACACAUCGAAACAAUGGCGGUCGUUGGAUCAGGUCGCGGAGAGAAAGUACGUCAAUCAGUUGCAGGUCGAGUGCGAGUCGGAACAAGUGCAAAGACAGCGGUUAGCGCAGGAGGCGCAGGGGUUCUUUUUCACGGAUCAGAGUAAAUUGGAUCGCGCAAGGAGGAUGGAGAUGCCGAGUUGUCGGAAGUUGGAGGGGCAUGGGUAUCGCUUGUAUGGAUAG